AGGAAAGGUGCUUCUAUAACGAGUUAUAGGCUAUUUUAUUUACUUGUUAUGGCACAUAUAAUUAUUAAUUAACAUACAAUGUGGGAACUAAGCUAAAGACUGAACAAUACUGAGAAAAGUUAGCGUUGCUAUCGAUGAAACCUGUAAACUCACCUGAGUGUAAUCUCGCGCCUUCCAAUCACCCGUAGUACAGUAGUCGAGAGGAGGAGCGCUGCGCGCUAAAGCGGACAAAAAUACGCAGGGGGUUAGAAUGCCUGUGUGUGUGUGUGACCUACACAUCUACAUUAUAUCCUGAGUCACACAGGUCCGCAGCUUGUGAAUCGGAGUCAGAAAGAGUCGAACUUUGUCUGAGAAACGGCAAAACGGUUGUGCUCGUUGUGAAAAGAAAGGGAAAACGUCUGAUAGAGUAUUCAAAGUCAAACAUCUCCUGCGCAUCAAUUUGUUCUUUAGCGGUCAGAACGUUGAUGCAUGCAUGCAUGAGUUUUGUGGGCUACUAUGAUUUGAAAGAAGAAACCAAAACAUAACGGAGAUAGUUGCCUAACUGACAGGAUGAAGAAUAUCUGCUUGUUGGACAUCGCUCACAUUGUGAUCAUCCGCUGGGCUCUUUGUUUCUCUGGGUCCGUGGUGAUGGGUCAGUGUAAUGAGGCAGCUGAGAACUCCAAGCUCAACCUGUCUGUGACCUAUGACCUGCCCACCUUUGAGGCCAUCUCCGCCAUUCAGAACCUGGUAACCUUCGAGGGGACCGUCUACAUUGGUGCCGUGAACCGAAUCUACGCACUGUCAGAGAACCUGACCAAGCUGUCGGAGUACCAGACCGGGCCCGUGUCUGAAGGCGCUGUCAGAAGGCGGUGUGGUCCUAGUUGUCAGGAUGGAGCCUGCGGUAAGACCAACGCUGUGGUGGACAACUAUAACAUGGCCCUGCUGGUGGAGCGUUAUUAUGACGAUGAGCUGUUCAGCUGCGGCUCAGCAGACGCCGGUGUCUGCCGUCGCCACCUGCUGGAGAGAAAGAAGGUGGACAGAGAGGUACAGUGCAUGUAUUCACCCAAGACAGAUCAAGGAGGACGGCACGGCUGCCCCGACUGCGUGACUAGCCCCCUGGGGUCCCGUGUGCUCAACGUGGAGAGCGGAGGCGUGGUGCGAUUCUUCGUAGGAAACUCGGAGAUCCCCGGAAGCCCAUCCCGGAUGAUCUCCAGCCCCCAGGCCCAGCAGCCACAACACCACACCAUCUCAGUGCGUCAGAUGAAAGAAACCCAAGAUGGUUUCCGCUUCUUCUCCGACCAGUCCUACAUGAAUUUGGCCCCGGGCCUCCGCGGCGACCACCACCUCCAGUAUGUCUAUUCCUUCCAGAGCGGCUACCACGCCUACUUCCUCACCGUGCAGCGCGAGGGCCACAGCUCUCAGGUUUACCACACCCGCAUCGUCCGCAUGUGCGGCACGGACCCGGAGCUGCGGCGCUACGUAGAGAUGCCAUUCGAGUGCAUCCUGACGGAGAGGAGGAGGCGGCGGCGCUCAGCCAGCAUCGAGGUGUUUAAUGUCCUCCAGGCAGCCCACGUGGCCAAGGCAGGCCGCGAGCUGAGGCAGGAGAUGGGGCUGAAGGAAGGGGAGGACGUGCUGUUCGCCGCCUUUGCCCGGUCCAAGCCAGACUCCCCGGAACCCAGUGCAAACUCGGCCGUCUGCGUCAUCUCACUGGCAGACGUCAACAACUUCUUCAAGGACUUCAUCCAGAAGUGCCACACCAAGCAGCCGUACCAUUUCACAGGCUCCGAGGAGAAGCGCUGCUACAACGGGAGUUCGUCAGACAACUCGUUUGGCUGUGGGAAGCAUGAGGAGGGCUACCGUCUGGAGGUGACCAGUACCAUGGCCAGACUAGACUACUUCAGCGGGCAGUUCAGCAACGUCCUGCUCACCUCCAUUGCCGUGGCGACUGCACAGGAGCAGACCGUGGCCAGCCUGGGCACCGCAGACGGACGCCUCAUACAGGUGGUGGUCUCCCGUUCCAAACGCAGCACGCCCCACGUGGACUUCCGCCUGGAUGACUCGCGCCCCGUGUCCCCCGAGGUGGCUCUCCUGUCUCCCCAGCGCCACGACGGCUCCCCCCAGCGCAGCCAGGACGGCUCACUCUUGUUGGUGACAGGAAAUAAGAUCACCAAGGUCCCUCUGAUUGGUCCUGGCUGUGAGCAACAGUGGAUGUGUAGUUCCUGCCUGCUGGCGCCAGGUUUUAUGGGAUGUGGCUGGUGUGACGGCCGCUGCACCAGGGCAGCCCAGUGUCACCCAGCGUCCCUCUGGACCCAGGAGUCCUGCCCUCCCGUCAUCACCACGAUCUCCCCAGCCAACGGCCCCCUGGGAGGGAGCACCAAGGUGACGGUGUGUGGGAGGAACUUUGGCUUCAACAAGACGGAGAGGUUUGACCACACACUCAUCAGCCUGGACGUGGCCGGAGCACCCUGCAAACUACUGAAACGAGAGAGCAACAGCAACAGGUUGGUGUGUGUUCCGGCGUCUCCUGUGAACUCGUCUCUGGCUAGUAGUGUGGUGAAGGUCCACAGUGGCAAGGAGAUGUCCCAAACACAGGGAUUCACCUUUGUGAACCCAGUAAUCAGGGAGAUCUUCCCUGCAUUCGGUCCUAAGUCAGGAGGCACCGUGCUCACCAUCAGAGGCUCUUUCUUAGACAGUGGCAACACCAGACAGGUCACUGUGGGGAACGCAACCUGUGAGAUCCUGAGUGUGUCAGUUACCAUGCUGAUGUGCAGGACCCCUCCCCAGUCGGCCCAGUCCCUCCAGGCGGUGUAUGUGAGGGUGGACUCUGUGGUCCGAGAGGCCCCUGUACUCUUCGCCUACAAUGAAGACCCUCUCAUCUCCAGCAUCCAGCCCACACGGUCCUUCAUCAGCGGAGGCAGCACUGUGGUGGCCCAGGGCUUCUACCUUCACUCGGCUUCCCCGCCUCAGAUGGUGCUCAUCCCCACAGCCCAGGACGGCAAGGUCUUCACUGUGAGCUGUACGCAGGGUGAGGACAGGCUGACCAUCCUGUGUACCACUCCCUCCCUGAAGGACCUGGGCCUGCAGCCUCCUGUGGUCACCAAGGUGGCGUUCGUCCUGGAUGGUUUCACCGCGCCCCAGUUUGACCUGCUGUAUGUAGAGGACCCUCGCUUCGAGGACUUCCAGAGACCCACCGUCACAUCCAAAGGCAACAAGAGCAUCCUGGAGAUUAAGGUGCCAGGUCGUGUGGAUGUGGAGGCGAUGAAGGGGGAGGUGCUGAAGGUGUCUAACAGGACCUGUGAGAGUGUGACUGUGGUGGGUAACACCCUGGAGUGUACUGUCCCCAUGGAGUUACGGGAUGCCACCAAUGAACUGGAGGUGGAGUGGCGUCAGGCAUCGUCUUCAGUGAGUCUGGGAAGAGUGAUGUUGGCUCAUGAACAGGACUACAGAGGGCUGAUAGCUGGCUGUGUGUGUGUCAGCCUGUUACUACUUCUGCUGCUCGCUCUAUUCAUCUGGAAAAGGAGGAACAAGCACAUUGAUGAUCUGGCUGAGGGUAAGGUUUGGUAUGAUGGCCGGGCUCACAUUCAGCACUUGGACAUGUUGGCAAAUGCCCGAAGCGUCAGCCCUACUAACGAAAUGGUGUCCCAUGAGUCGGUGGACUAUAGAACCACCCUGCUGGAGGACCAGGGCGUGGAGAGGCCAGAGUCGUGCAGGGGGGCUCCCCCCAUCUACGGGGGCCAUGGGGAACUCCUGUCCCCCAGGCUGGGGCUGGGUGGCAUGGGGAUGGGGAUGGGGAUAGGUCUGGGGGUGGAGGGGGAGCUGGUGUCCCCUGUCCCCCACAGGCUGGACCUGCUGAAGGAGGUUCUGGGUCAUCGCCAGGCACCUGGGGUCAUGGGGAUGGGGAUGAGGUCUGGGGGGGAUGGAUGGAUGGAUAGUCCAGGGCAGCUGGGAGAGCAGGUGUCCCAGCCUGAUGGUCACUUUGGCUGUGUGUUCCAUGGGACCUUGUUAGAGGCUGACGGUCAGAAACAGCACUGUGCCAUCAAGUCCCUCAACCGGAUCACUGACCUGGAGGAGGUGUCUCAGUUCCUGAAGGAGGGGAUCAUCAUGAAGGACUUCAGCCACCCCAACGUGCUGUCUCUACUAGGGAUCUGUCUGCCCACUGAGGGCUCUCCUCUGGUGGUGCUGCCGUACAUGAAGCACGGAGACCUCAGGAACUUCAUACGGGAAGAGACACAUAACCCCACAGUGAAGGAUCUGAUGGGCUUUGGUCUGCAGGUGGCCCGGGGCAUGGAGUAUCUGGCCAGCAAGAAGUUUGUCCACAGAGACCUAGCCGCAAGGAACUGCAUGCUGGAUGAAAGCUACACAGUGAAGGUGGCAGACUUUGGCCUGGCCAGGGAUGUGUAUGAUAAGGAGUACUACAGCAUCCACAACAAGAGUGGAGUCAAACUACCUGUCAAGUGGAUGGCCCUGGAGAGCCUGCAGACACACAAGUUCACCCCAAAGUCUGAUGUGUGGUCGUUUGGCGUGUUGCUAUGGGAACUGAUGACCCGGGGAGCACCGCCGUAUUCGGACGUCAACUCUUUCGACAUCACUGUGUUCCUACUGCAAGGGAGACGGCUGCUGCAGCCAGAGUUCUGCCCUGACCCACUGUAUAACGUGAUGGUCGAGUGCUGGCACCCAAAGUCGGAGAGGAGGCCCACCUUCUCAGAGCUGGUAUCCCUUAUCAACGCCAUCUUCUCCAGCUUCAGCGGAGAGCACUACAUCCUUCUCAACACCACCUAUGUCAACAUAGACAAGAUGAGCCCCUACCCCCCUCUCAUCUCCUCAUCCUCCUCUACCUCCUCCACCCCUCACGGCCACCCCCUGGAGCGAGACUGCUGCACCUGAGAGAGAGGGAGUGAUGGAGAGAAAGAAAGAGAGAGAGAGAGAGAGAGAGAGAGAGGGAGAGAUGAAAGAAAAAUAGUUAAGGAGAAAAGGAGAGGGCAUGGGGAGAGAUUGAAGACAAGGGGGUAAAAGGAGGGUUGGAAAAGAAUGAGCUUGACAGAGUAAGAAAGAGAGAGAAAAGAGUGGGCUUGAGGCGGCGAAGCCGUUGGGUCGCUUGGGAACUGUAUGUGACUGACAGACAGACACUGGACAAACUCUGUGUACGCUGGCUGAGAAAAGACAGUUUAAGGACACUGACAUGUGCCGUGCCUACUUCACGUGUGUGUAAUGUAUGUAUACUGACCAAUGACCAACCAAACAAACAUCACUGUACGCCUGAGGCCUGUAUGAACUGUUAGGUCGAUCUUGGCCUCCCUCUGCUCUUUAACCUAGAACUUGCUCUAGACCCUCCCAUGACCUUUUACCCUGGUAUGCCCUUGGAGCCUGACUUCAGGAGGUCAGGCUUCUCGUCUCUCUCUACCACAUACAAUUUGGAGACAUGGGAGAACCUUUUCAAUGAACAAAGCCUAUAGAAUUCUAUAGAAGCACAUUGUGUGUAUCAAGUACAAGUGACUCACCCAACAUUUCAACAACUCCCGUGCCAAAGAGGGACCGGAUGAUUUUUGGAGACAUUUCCGCUUGUUAAUGGGUGGCAUGUGUAUGGCGAUAUGGCGAAGGGCCGGGCUCCAGGUUUUUUUCCCCCUCGCCAUAAAAUUCUUUACACCAUCAUCCGCACUGCCACUGAAUUCCCCUCUCUUCCCACCUCUCCUCACAUGCCUCCUCGCAUACAUCCCUAAGCACUAGGACUGAAUGAAGAAAGUCCCAGCUCCAGCCUCCAGGGGAUGUUCUCACCAACCGAGGUGGCGGUGCAGAUUGGCUGGCAGAAGGAACAAUUUGCUGCCCGUGUGCAGUAGGCUACACUGGAUACUUCUUUAUGUGUGUAAUUAUCUUUGACGAUUCUCUUUUGAUGUGCUUCUUUCAAAACAUCUCGCUGCUUCAUUGCUGUGAGUGACUCACCUUAUAGGAAUCUGCAGACGUUUCCCAGUUGAAAGGUGUUUGUUUUUUUUGCCUUUCGGUUGGUAACACUUUGACUUGAACCGGCCCGUCAUAAUGUCUACAUAGCAUGUGUCAUAGCAGUUCAUGCAAGCUCAGCCUGAAAACAACUGACAUAAUCAUGUUUUAGACUUCAGAGAGUCAAGUGGGGGGAAACUGGAGACACGUUGGAACAUUUGAUGGUUUUUGGGCAUCAUAGUACUACGUCAGUUGGAACAAGCGUUUUUACUGUCAAUCAUGACUUCAUCGCGGCGUUGUUACACACUGCUAUGUCGACAUUUUGAAAGACCACUUCAAGUUAAAACGUGACCAUUUUGCCUCUCCUGUGUGAAGCGUUUGUCUUUUUGUUACUAUGGCUGCUGUUCUGUUUUAAAUGAUCAGGCCAGCAAUGGACAGAUAUGAAUGUUUGCUCAAAUAAAUGUUUAAAGAACUGUACUAUAUUUUUUAUAAUGCCUUUUAUUAUGAAAAUGAGCCUAAAUAAAUGGUCGGCCCAAUAGAAUAAUGCCCGAACUGAGCAGUGGUGCCACAACAACGACCAAUCAACUUCAGUGAAUGAACCACUGCCUUCUGUACAAAAAUGUUAAAGGCUAACACCUCUGUGGAUGUGUCUUCUAUAUGUAGGAUUUAACUGUGGUAAAUGUGUGUGUAUGUAUACUGUAUGACAGGUGAUUGUUGUGGGUACAGCACAGUACAAACAACCGAUACUGUACAGUCAUUGAACAACUGGAGCUAGCAAGUUCACAUCCUUAACUAUUAGACUGUUCUAGAUGUUCCUAUUGGUAACUAAAUGGCUUGUAAAUCCAUGACUUUUGUCCAUUAAUAUGCCAUUGAGCUCACUGUCAGUGCAGUGUGAGCAUAUAUAUGAAGCACUGUUUAGGGAUCGUCUAUGAAAAUAGUGAUGGUACAUAUGUUGUUACUAUGUUAUGUCAUCUGACUGACUCGGUGUAAUAAAACUAUAUUAUCAGUGUG